UUUUUUCUCUCUAGGAUUAUGCGCCCGGACGACGCUAACAUUGCCGGCAACGUGCACGGAGGGACCAUAUUAAAAAUGAUCGAGGAGGCCGGAGCCAUCAUCAGCACCCGCCACUGCAACUCACAAUCUGGGGAGCCCUGCGUGGCCGCCCUGGCCCGCGUGGAGCGCACAGACUUCUUGUCCCCGAUGUGCAUCGGCGAAGUGGCCCACGUCAGCGCCGAGAUCACGUACACCUCCAAGCACUCUGUGGAAGUCCAGGUGCAGGUCGAAGCGGAAAACAUCCUCACAGGUGCCAAGAGAGUGACCAACAAGGCCACUUUGUGGUACGUCCCUCUUUCUCUCCAUAAUGUGAACAAGGUUUUGGAAGUGCCUCCCAUCCAGUUUACACGGAAGGACCAGGAGGAAGAAGGGAGACGACGUUACGAGGAACAGAAGCUGGCACGUCAAGAGACCAAAGAGAGGAACGGUGAUGUCAUUGUGCCUGUGAUCAAUCCAGAGCCUUACACCAUUGGAUACAGCCAGUCAAGUCUCAUCCAUCUGGUGGGACCAUCCGAUUGCACCAUGCAUGGAUUUGUGCAUGGAGGCGUGACCAUGAAACUCAUGGACGAGGUAGCGGGUAUCGUAGCCGCUCGCCACUGCAAGACCAACAUCGUCACGGCUUCUGUGGAUGCCAUCAACUUCCACGAGAAGAUCAAAAAAGGGAGCGUCCUCACCAUUUCUGGCCGUAUGACCUUCACCAGCAACAAGUCCAUGGAGAUUGAGGUCUUUGUGGACGCCGAUCGCUUCGUGGGGGAACCCCAGGGGCCGUACCGGGCGGUCAGCGCCUUCUUCACCUACGUGUCCCUUAGCAAGGAGGGGAGGCCUUUGCCCGUCCCGCAGCUGGUGUUGGAAACCGAGGACGAACGGCGACGUUUCGAAGAAGGGAAAAGCCGCUACUUGCAAACAAAAGCGAAGCGUCAAGCACAGAUGCAGCCCCUCACCCAACAGUGACAUUUGGGCCAGAGACCCCCUCAGUCCCUACCCCCGGCUGGAAAGGGGGGGCUGUGGCAACAUCCAGGAGGGCCCCCGCCCUCUCCUUUCCAGCCAAGAUCCAUUCCAUUUUCUCUGCCACCAUCGUAGCUAGCCGGGUGGGCUUUUUGGACAGUCUAGGGUGGCCCGAUGGGGAGGGGGCACACAUCCACAGAGAUGGGCCAGCCGAUCCAGCAAGAUGGGUUGUUUUAUUAACAACCUUAAGAUAGGCAUCGUCAGCUUGGGGAAGAUCCAUCUUUACCGUCCCAGGAAAACACACAGGCUUUGAUUUCACAGCCCCUCCCUUC